AGAAGAAGAGGAAGAGGAAGAAGAAAGGGAUAUAAAAGAACAACUUAAUUGUACUUUAUGUGAAUGUGCCUGGACGACGCAAGGCCCACAUCGUAUUGUUCAAUUGAGCUGCGGAGAUGUCUUUGGGAAGAGGUAAACAAAGAAACUACCUUAGGCACAUAACAAGCUCAUUUUUUUUUUUACUUUAGCUGCAUAGACACCUACGUAAAAGCCUUUAGUUCUUGUCCACUAUGCGGUAUAAUGGUAAACAAGAGGGACCCACGUGUAAUUUGGCCGACAAAAGUACUACCAGAAGAUGAAAAAAUGAUCAAGAAGCUAAAGGAAGAAAUAAGGUCAUUCAAACAAGUUUUGGAUGACUGCGUUCAAGAGACAUCCAUUGUUCAGUUUCAACUUCAGCAAUGCAGAAACGAGUUGGCGAAAAUCAAAGCGGAAGAAUCUCUCGAGUUAAAGGCUACGUCUACCAUGGCGUCUAUGGAAUCAUCUAUUACGGGGCCAAAAGAAUUCAAACUGUGCAGAACGUUUUCAUUAGAAUCAUCAGAAAAAUACCGUGUAUUGACCGUUUUACCUUCAUAUCAUACCAUCGUUGUAUCUGUCGAGAAAAAACAAAGCUGUGGAUAUGGAUUGAGGAAAAUUAACUUGUUUGAUACAGAAAUAUCGGAAUAUAUUAAUUUACACAGUAAUUGGAUCAAGGACAUCAAAUCAUCAUCAGAAAGAUACCUCAUAUUAUCGACUAGUCUUGACAAAACACUAAAACUGACUUCUCUAUCAAAUAACGUUACUGUUCAAACUUAUUCUUUGGAUGCGCCCGGAUGGUCUUGUGCAUUUGAUGAAUAUAAUGAUAAUUUACUCUACUGUGGAUUGGCAAACAAUACAUUGAUGGUCUAUGACAUACGUAACACAAAAUCACCUUUGCAUAAACUAAAAGAUUCCAACUUGUCGGCAUUAGCACCUAUUCACUCAUUAAAUAUCGGACGACUGAAUGAUUCCCAUACUACUGUUUUAUGCUCGAAUUUAAAGCAAUCUUAUGUAUGGACAUUUGAGAAUGAUCAUUCCGUACGAUUUAAUCCCAUUGUGCUAAAUGCAGGUAAAAACAACAAGAAAAAAAGUGGCACCCUUUUUCAACUAAAACAUGACUCUAGAUUUCAAACCAUUUCACACCUAUUACAAAAACGGAAAACUUUUGACAAGUCUAAGAAGUAAAGAGAUGACACAGUACAUAGUUGGUAGCAACUCAGAGGACAGCGAAUUUUGCUUUGAUACAGAUAUUGAUUGGAUACAUACAAACAGAUAUAAACAGAUGGUGUUGACAAGAAAUUGCUUUUUUGAGAGAGAUGGUGAAUUGCUUAUUUGCUUUAAUGAAAAUGAUGAAAUCAAGUGUAGAAACAAGGCUUCAGAAGUACAAACCUUAAAAUUAAAUGGCACAGUAUAUGAUGUACAGCACUGUGUAGCAGAUACAGAAGAGCUGCUUAUUGGCUUGAGCGAAAAUCAAGUCUCGAUAUAUAAAUACAUGUAAAGCAAUGUAAAAGAUGUGUACAUAUAAACUUAUACCCCCCCUCCCUCCUUAUUACCUUAUGUGAAUGACCCACAAUGGUUCAUAAUUAGCAUAAUAGAAUAAACAUAAUGAGCAUACAGAUUUG